UUUAAUGAUAACAUGCCACUCGCGCAUUCAGCAAAAAAGAACCCUUCCUAGUUCACCUGUCGAGCAAAAGCUGGUACAAUCCACGUUGAUCGAUAAUUUGAGCGGAUCUCCGGCACCGUAAAUCACAAAGAGUUUCUCAAGCAAAUCUCCGGCUGACAGUAACUGGAAGUAGUUGGGAGUUCUACAGACAAGAAACGAUUAUGCAUAAAACGGCGCAAUCGUGGUUCACAGGAGGCCCGAGCCAGACGAACAGCGAUCUGCUAAAGCAGCCUCCUUCUCUUCUUGCUGAUUGGAACGCUUACGCAUCAUCUUCACAAUCUAACCAAGAUCUAGAUUCUUCCAACCUCGGUUUCGAUCUCGAAGCCGCAGUUAGGGAUAAGGUUUCCGGCACUUUCAACGUAGUUUCAAAGGGAGUAAGAGAUAUACCUGGAAGCUUGCAGUCUGCCACCAGCAAUGUCCCAACUGGAAAGUCCUUUAUGACAUUUGGCAUACUUCUUGCUGUUGGGAUCUUUCUUGUCUUCAUUGCUAUCACUGUGUUUCUACCAGUCAUGGUGCUUGUUCCUCAGAAGUUUGCUAUAUGUUUCACUAUUGGAUGUGCCCUCAUAAUCGCUUCCUUUUUUGCCCUCAAAGGAUAUAGAACUCAGUUUGCACAUAUGACAUCUAAAGAGAGACUCCCUAUUACAUUGGGGUUUAUUGGCAGCAUGUUGGGCACCAUUUAUGUUUCAAUGGUGCUUCACAGUUAUGUUCUUUCUGUCUUCUUCUCUAUUUUACAGGUCAUCUCAUUGUCAUAUUAUGCAAUUUCUUACUUUCCUGGAGGAUCAGCUGGCUUGAAAUUCUUCACUUCUGCAAUUACCUCUUCAAUUCUGAGAUGCUUUGGGAGGCAACUUUUUGUAGCCAGGAUCGGUUUCGGUUUUGACAGCCUUGUCUUGAUUGUAUCCAAUGGCAUUGUCACCACUGCCGAAAACCCACUAGCCAUGGCGGCACUUGCCACCUGUACCGCCACCACCGCCUUAGAAUCUGGUGUAAAACCGCCACCGCCGCCGCCACUAUUCCCUCUUUCUUCAAAUAGUAACAACCAACCCCACCCCACACAGCACGAUGAGCCAUGA